AUGACGACAAGGUCCAUGUUUGCGCGACUCUCGCAGUCGCUGCGGGCGCCCGCUGCUCGCUCCUUCUCCUCGUCUUCGCGUGCUAGUCAGGCACCCGUCCCACGCCCCACCAAGCCCGCCUCGCAGUCGCAACCAGCCCUGCCACCAACACCGCGAUCGCAGCUCGAGCAGAUCAAGCAGUACCCCGCCCACCCGCUUCUGCAGUUCUUCCGCACACACCGAUACGAGAUCACCGACAAAUCGCUCGGUGGCCCCGCCGCCGUCGAGGAAACCAUGCAGGAUCUCGUCACGCCCACAAAGUACUUUGUCCGACUUCCACAUGCUGUUCACCAGGACGACCUCGGUCGUGAAGCCAACAGCAGGUCAUGGCUCGCCAGCGAGCUGAGGCUCAAGAGCUCCAAGGAUCUCCACACGCUCUGGUACGUCCUCCUCAUGGAGCGAAACCGCCUCGCUACGGCAUGGGAGGAGUUGCAACGUGUGGGUGCCCGCCAAGCGGCUAGGAUGUGGUCCCAGAACCUAGGCCGAAAGAACCACAGGGUGCGCAAGUCGAUGGCGCGUAUCAAGUUUGUUCUCAACGAACGUCGUCUUGCCCUCAUCGACGCACAGAAGCAAGUGCGCGAAGCUGUCCCGGCGCCCGAGCCCGCCCAGGGUGGCAGCCUGUUUGAAGAUGUCGAUGCGGAAGGCAGCCCGAAGCCUUCUUCGGCAUAG